AUGGGCAGUCAGACUUGGGAAGAGAUCGUUUCCCAGAAACGGAACAAUAGAGAUCAACUCAUCGCACCGUACUUAGUCAACGUAACUCAACGUCUGCCGCAAGUACGGAAUGUCGGAGAGCGUACUCGACUAGAAGAUCCCUUGUAUCAAAAGAUCACGGAUAUUGACAGUGUCGCCACCCUGCUGGAAUCUCUGGAGAAAGGGGAGUUUCAAGCGGAACAAGUGAUCAAGGCAUAUAUCCAACGGGCUGUGAUAGCCCAUCAAUUGACAAACAGCCUGACCGAGGUUCUUUUCGAAGAUGCCCUAGAACAGGCAAAGCAGCUAGACGUCGACUUCACAGAAACCGGAAAGCUCAAAGGUCCUCUACAUGGGAUUCCGAUUACGCUGAAAGACCAAUUCAAUGUCAAAGGCGUCGAUACGACCCUGGGAUAUGUAGGCAGGUCCUUCAUCCCGGCUCAGGAAGACGCUGUGCUCGUGCAGAUCUUAAAGAACAUGGGCGCUAUUGUCAUCGCGAAGACAAACAUUCCGCAGAGUAUCAUGUGGGCCGAAACCGAGAAUCCCCUCUGGGGACUCACCACCAAUCCUCACAAUCCAAUUUAUUCAGCUGGUGGCUCAACUGGCGGCGAAGGUGCUUUGUUGAAAUUGCAUGGAUCACUCUUCGGAUUUGGAACUGAUAUCGGCGGAAGCGUGAGAAUCCCACAAGCUACAGUGGGAUUGUAUGGCUUCAAGCCAAGCAGCGCUCGGAUCCCUUAUCAGGGCGUACCCGUCUCCACCGAGGGCCAAGAACAUGUGCCAUCUGCUAUCGGCCCGAUGGCCCGAGAUCUCCGGUCGAUCUGCUAUGUGAGCCGCCUGAUAGCGAACAGCCAGCCCUGGGACGUCGAUCCUCGCUGUGUUCCCCUUCUUUGGAAUGAUACUGCGUUCCAAGAAAUUCAAGACCGACCUAUGGUCAUCGGCUUAAUUCUGGAUGACGGCGUGGUCAAGGUACACCCGCCUAUUGCACGUGCCCUGCUAGAACUCUCAGAGGUGCUUAAAGCACAUGGCCACGAGGUUGUACUCUGGGAUACGUCUGACCACCAGGGAUGCAUUGAGAUUAUGGAUCUCUUCUAUACGGUCGACGGGUGUGAGGAUAUUCGUCGGGAUGUAGCCGUUGCCGGCGAGCCGUUUAUUCCACACGUUGAAACGCUGCUCAACCGCGGCAAGGCUAUCUCGGUUUAUGAGUACUGGCAGUUGAACAAGCGAAAAAUUGCGGUGCAAAAGAAAUAUCUGGAUAAAUGGAAUGCAGUGCAGUCUCCGUCGGGUCGGCCUGUCGAUAUUCUAUUGAGUCCUACUUUGCCGCAUACAACUUUGCCUCAUCGCAAACUCCGGUGGGUUGGCUACACCAAGAUUUGGAAUUUCCUGGACUAUCCGGCUUUGACGUUUCCGGUGGAUCGAGUGAGGGCUGAGCUGGAUGUGUUGCCAUCGAAGCCUUAUGUCCCAAGGAACAGUCAAGAUGAGUGGAAUUGGAAUCUUUUCGAUGCGAACCAGGCAGAUGGAUAUCCCGUGAAUCUGCAGAUUAUCGGGAAGAAAUUCCAGGAAGAGAAGGUACUGGGGGCUGCUACAGUUAUUGAGAAGCUCUGGAAGAGCCACGUCGACAAAUCUAAUCGAGCUAUCUGA